CAUACUGGAAUCUCCUGGAACUGGGAUCUCUCAGCACUGGGGUCCCCCAGCACUGGGUUCUCCCAGCACUGGGAUCCAUCCAUACCGGAAUCUCCUGGAACUGGGAUCUCUCAGCAGUGGGAUUCCCCCAGCACUGGGUUCUCCCAGCACUGGGAUCCCCCACACCGGGAUCCCUCCUGGCACUGGGAUUCCCUCUCAGCACUGGGAUCUAUCCAUACUGGGUUCUCCCAGCACUAGGAUUCUUCCAUACUGGGCACCGUGUUCUCCUGGCACUGGGAUCCAUCCAUACUGGGAUCUUCUGGAACUGAGAUCUCUUAGCACUGGGAUCCCCCCGCACUGGGUUCUCCCAGCAGUGGGAUCCCUCCAUACUGGGAUUCCCUGGCACUGAGAUUCGCGCCUACUGGAGUCUCCUGGAACUGGGAUCUCUUAGCACUGGGAUCCCCCAGCACUGGGCUGCAUCCAUACUGGGAUUCCCCUGGCACUGGGAUGGAUCCCCAGCCAGCGGCCCUAUUGGCGAUGGGGCCCAUCGCCACAGAAGGGCAGCCUCGCUCCGCCCACACACACCCAACAUGGCCGCCGCGCCUUCCCCGCGCUCAGCGCUGACGCCACUUCCGGAUAGUUCAGCGACCUGACCCGCAAGGGGCGGUGCGGCGCCCUCGGAUGACGUCACGGCGCACGGCGUCGGCGCGCAGGCGGGAGCGGGAGGCCUGGCAAGAUGGCGGCGGGGCCCAUCUCGGAGCGGAACCAGGAUGCCACCGUGUACGUCGGGGGGCUGGACGAGAAGGUGAGCGAGCCGCUGCUCUGGGAGCUCUUCCUGCAGGCCGGACCCGUGGUCAACACCCACAUGCCCAAGGACCGCGUCACCGGCCAGCACCAGGGCUAUGGCUUUGUGGAGUUCCUCAGCGAGGAGGACGCGGAUUACGCCAUUAAGAUCAUGAAUAUGAUCAAGUUGUACGGGAAACCGAUCCGAGUGAACAAAGCCUCGGCCCACAACAAAAACCUGGAUGUGGGGGCCAACAUCUUCAUUGGGAACCUGGACCCUGAAAUUGAUGAGAAGCUGUUGUACGACACCUUCAGCGCCUUCGGGGUCAUCCUGCAGACACCCAAGAUCAUGCGUGACCCUGACACGGGCAACUCAAAGGGUUACGCCUUCAUCAACUUCGCCAGCUUUGAUGCCUCAGACGCCGCUAUCGAGGCCAUGAACGGACAGUACCUCUGCAACCGGCCCAUCACUGUCUCGUACGCCUUCAAAAAGGAUUCCAAAGGCGAGCGGCACGGCUCGGCCGCCGAGCGUCUCCUGGCAGCCCAGAACCCGCUUUCGCAGGCAGAUCGGCCCCAUCAGCUCUUUGCCGAUGCUCCGCCUCCUCCGUCUGUCCCGACUCCCGUUGUCACCUCCCUGGGCCCUGGCGUCACCCCUCCAGGCCUCCCACCGCCAGGAUCAUUCCCCCCUCCGGUGCCGCCUCCCGGUGCGAUGCCUCCCGGCAUGCCUCCUGCCAUGCCGCCCCCACCCAUGCCACCCGGUGCCGGUGCUCCCGGUCCCCCUACUGGAGCCGCUCCCGGCGCAGGACACCCACCUCACCCACAUCCCUUUCCUCCGGGCGGGAUGCACCAUCCAGGAAUGCCUCCCAUGCAGGUGCACCACGGGCCGCCCGGGAUGGGCCAACACCACCCAGGACCACCGGGCUCGGGUGGGCAGCCCCCUCCUCGGCCCCCACCUGGCAUGCCACACCCCGGCCCCCCACCCAUGGGGAUGCCGCCCCGAGGACCACAUUUUGGGUCACCCAUGGGUCACCCAGGCCCCAUGCCGCACCACGGGAUGCGUGGCCCUCCUCCGCUGAUGCCUCCGCACGGAUACAAUGGGCCUCCUCGCCCGCCGCCCUACGGCUACCAGCGGGUGCCUCUGCCUCCCCGGCCAGCGCAGAGGCCCCCAGGGGUGCCCCCACGUGGCCCCUUGAGGGGCCCCCUGCCCUAAACACCGCAGCAGAAGACCCCCCUCCCUGCCGGGGAUCCUUCCCUUCCUCUCCUCGAACUUUCCUUUCCCCUUGGACUAACAAAUCUGCUACCAGAAGGAGCAGCCAGGCCCAGCCCUCUCACAGCUCCUCCCUUUCUCUUUCCUUCUCCUCAUUGUAUUCCUCGUUUCUUUUUAUAGCAUUCAUUUUGGUUCCUUUCCCCCUCCUCCCUCUUCUUUUCUCAUCCUUGAAGUUUUUUCAAGGUACUUACGAUGGGAUUUUGUUUUCUGUGUAAAGCAGCCAUUGCCCAUUUACAAAUAAAUCGAUUUAUGUACCGGAGGGUUGUCCCUCCGCGAUCGGGAUCGAGGUUGUGAUUGAGACGCCGAUAGGCUGCGAGCUGCUCUUAGGGAUCCCUGCGCUGGAGUUCCUCGGCUGCCUCAUCAGAAUGCCGGCGCUCCCGUCUGUCUCACGCGCUCUCCAAGCUGUUCGCUGCUGGCUGACAGGCUCCGAGA